AUUCCUCUCUCCAAUCCUCCUCCAUCACCAUUACCAUCUCCUCCUGCUUCAUUCUGUCAUUGCCGCUAUCGAUAUCAUCUCCUCCUGCUUCAUUCUAUCAUCACUGCUAUCGAUAUCAUCUGCACAACAAACAAUCAUGGCCACUUCCACCACCCCCUCACUCCUCCUCCACUCCAACGGCUUUACCUACGCCUUUUACCCGGGUUACCCCUACACCAUCACCUUCCACGCGGAAGAAGCACGCAUUUCCCGGCUCCCCUCCGACCCCCCAACCUCUCCGUGGCCACCUCCAACCACCUUCCUCCCACCACCACGUUCUCACUGCCUCUACCGUCUCACUUACAUCAAAGAUUCCGACGCCCUUCCCGACCCCCCGUCGAUCUCCUCCUCCCCCUCCCCGUCCACCGCUCUCCUCCGCAUUCUCACCACGCAAAAACCGCGGGCAAUAACACUUUCUCCGAUCCCCACGGUCCCCUUGUCCGUGGUCCUCCGCAACGUCAGAGGUGGAAAAAUCGAGAGAAUCACGCACAACCCGUUUUCGGGCCGCACGACGGUGUUUUUUGUCGACCCUGCAGUCGCGAAGGAGUUCCUUGAAUACGUCAACAAGAAUGGAGGCAUCCCGUGGUUGGGUUACUCCCAGAAGACGAGUUGGGCGUCAUUCCUGCCGGCGAGCCAUGGUGGUGCUGAACCAGUGAAGGAGGAUGUGAGAUCCGCGAUACGCUCUGAGUGUGCUGGGAGAGUGCUGGUUGUGAAAGCACUUGGGAACUAUGUCAGUGCAGAGGAGAUUAGAGGGGAGAUAGUGAAGAACGCUGGCAGGGUCAGAGCAGUAUUUGAAGAUGUCGAGGUGGAUCAACAAUCCGGUGAUGUCAUUGUAAAGAUGACAAGCAUCGGAACUACCCUCAGAGCAAGAGCUACUGUGCAGAGGGUGUGGGGGGCGGUGACGGAGUGGGGGAAGGAUGGGUGUGAGGGGGAGAUGCAGGGGCUGCGGGAGGAGUGGAGGCAGGUGAGGGAGGAGAAUGCGAAGAGGGAGCAGGAGGAGGAGGAGAGCAGACAAAUCAGAGAGUGGGUAGCUACGAGACGGAGUGGGAGGUGAGGGGUUUUGGGGAGAGGGGGG